AUGGUGAUCGUCAGCUACCUCAAAAAGCAAGGGGUUUCAGGAAAGGCAGACGGGGUAAGCUGGGUGUGGGCCUGUAAAUGGAUGGAGCGGGUAAAGGAAGUCGGGAAGGGAGAACGUGAAGAAAGGAGCCGAAACCUGCAGAGUUCAGCUCAAACACAAGUUGUUGCUCAGUCCCAGCACACACCGUGGUCCCAGAUUGUGGGCACGUUGGGAGCCUGGUAUGGCUUUACUCCAGUUUUUGUAGUUUGGUCAGUCUGCCAAGUGGAGGCACUGCCGCACCCUUCUGUACUGAUAGUGGAUGUGUGCUGGAGGCUACUCUUUGUGUGCCUUCUGUUGAUUUCUCUGGGAGGUUGCAUCCAUGCCCUGAAGUGCUGCCUGCAGCCAGGACAGAGCCAGGGAGAGCCUCCAGGGACUGAACAGGAGAUUGUGACUGAAAUCAGGAAUGACCAGUGUUUACGGAUGUACCAGGCAAGAAACCCAGGUGUGAAUAUUAAUCUGAUUCUUGCCCUGGCUGACAGCCUGCUGCUGUGUGUGCUGCAGGAACCUCUGCCAGACCCCAAUGUGCCCCACAUUCAGGCUCUUCUCUCCAGACUGGAGUCAGUGUCUCACACACUGGAGGUGACUGAUGUGGGAUCAGAGGUGGGACUGGAUGAGGUGGACCAAAGCUCUGUAGUGACAGAGAAACUGAAACUCCUCCACACCUACCUGCAGCAGAGGAGAGUGUCCCUGUGCACUCUUGUCCAGGUGCAGGGGGACUUUGAGGCCAGUGUGAAGAACAUGCUGCAGGGCUUAGACGACCUCUGGGCUCAGCUGGAGGAGCUGCAUACUGGGGUCACACUCUUCAAACAGGAGACCCAAGGCCACAGAGAUCUGGCCUCUGCUCAGAGAGACACACAGAAUUUGUUGUCGGUCUUGGGUGACUACAGGAACAAACUUCAGUCUUGUCAGGUUCAUUUGAAGGGCAGCACACAACUACUGCAGGAGUUAACCUGGAGUCACACCCACAUGAGCAACAGCGUGAACAGCAGCAGUGAGUCAGUUUGGCCAGAGCUCUUGCUUCAGUCUAAUAUUGAGCAGUUUGACAAGGUGCAGGAGAAUUUCACCUCUCUGGAACAACAGAUCUCUACCUUCCAGGCCCACCUGGAGGGACUCGGAAAACAAAAUCAGGAAAAACAUGCCGGGCCCCUCACUCAUGCUGGCGGGCCACAUUUAUACUCGGUACCGCCACAGACUUCUUAUCAUGCCCACAGUAAAGUGUCUGUGGAGCACCGUAACUCCACCUCUUCCUCCACGUCUGCUUCCUCGGUGGAUACAGGUACAGCCACAAAAACAGACAAUACUUUCUCACUGCGCAAGAGGUCGGCGCUACAUUUCUCUUCCACAAUCGGACGACGUCUGCGCAUAUCUGGAAGGAAGAAAUGAUUUGUUAAAAACGUAUUUAAACGCAGAUGAUGUGGUAGUGAGCUAGGGAAGGAAUAUUCAAAUGUUGAUCAUUUGCUGGUUGCCUAAAAUUUUAUUAUUUAUUGCUCUUUGUCAUUGCAUU